ACAAAUCAAAGGAAAAGAAAAUGCAAAAGAUGGAAGAAACGUCCAAGAAUCAAAGGCAUUCGUUGCGCCUAGAUAAGAAACAAAAUGAUAUAACUGUGAAAAGUAAUAUCAACAUUGUAGAUACAUCUGAAUCAAAUUUAGAAAUACAAAAGUCGCAAUCAGUAGAAAAAACACCAGUGGAAAUGAAGCAUUCAACGAAGGACAAGUGCUUGGAAAAAUAUUCCUGGCUGUGUACAGAUUGUAAUGAGACCUUACCGAGUUUGGUCAGUCUAGUGGAACAUCACGAAAAGGUGCAUAACCAGCCACCCAAAUAUAUGUGCGUACAGUGCAGUAAAGUUUACGACAAGUAUCAAGGAUUUGUCACGCAUGUAAAAAGACACGGAAAACAAGACAAGGAGAAGUACAGCUGUGACGAAUGUGGGAAGACGUACACGCAACAAAAAAAUUUGGUCGAUCACAUGUGGAUUCACACCGGUGAACGACCGUACAAGUGCAAAAGUUGCGACAAAUCCUUCAAAAACUCCAGCUCUUUGUUUAUUCACAAACGAUGCCACUUACCUGACAAUUUGAAAUACCAGUACCAAUGCGAUCAGUGUGAUAAGAAAUUUUCGACAAAGCCGAACCUGGUGACGCACAAACUCAUUCACACCGGAGUCCGAAACUUCACGUGCGAUCAAUGCGGAAAAAGUUUUAUGCAGAAGGGAAAUUUGGAAGCUCAUUUCUUGACUCACACAGAAGAGAAGCCGUACAAGUGCUCCAUUUGUCCGAAGGCAUUUAAGACGCCUAUGCAGUUGAAGAAACACGAUUUGGUGCACACUGAUAUCAAGCCUCAUCAGUGUGCCGUGUGCGGGAAGACUUUUAGAGAAAAGAGCACAUUAAAGGAACACAGCAGAAUUCACAGCAACGCAAUGCCGUUCACUUGCGAAUACUGCGGAAAAGCCUUUCGUUUCAAAGGAGUAUUGGUUACGCACAAGCGACAACACACUGGAGAGCGUCCGUACAGUUGUAUGGAUUGUCAGCAUCAUUUCACGAACUGGCCGAACUAUCAGAAGCAUAUGAGACGACGGCACGGAAUCAAUAUAGCAUUCACUAGGUUUCUACCCAAGGAUCAACUUCCGAUUCAAUUGCGACAGUCGAUGAAACAAACGCAACCGCCUCAGAUAAAGGAACAAUCUUGCAAUCAAGCUAAUCCAGAUAAUCCGCUUCCCAUAUCCGCUGUAGCUCAACCGGAAUCCGCGACACAAGUAAUACAAACAAUACCUCACGCUGCAUCACAACAGACAGUCGCCCGAGCUAUUCCAACCACCACCGUUCAGAGUUUCCAAACGGACGUCACUAGUACUGUUCAAGAAACGGUAUUCAGAGAACAAAAUACAACGUAUUUCACUACAGUAUCAGUUACGCCGGAUUUGUUGCCAACGAAUUUGCCAUAUCACUUUUAUACCAUGUCAAAUGUUACGGGAAACAUUUAAUUUUAGUACGGAUAGAAGUUUACGUGACCCUUGAAAAACCCUUUUCGAGAAGUUCGCUUGACUUUCUCGGCACUUACCCAGCCAUUUGUCUAUACGCAAAACCCUGGUAACUGACGUAAUCAGCCUUAGAAAUGAUUAAAACACAAAGUUCGAGCAAAACAAAAAACUAUUAUAAUCAUUAGUUUUUGUACUAUUGAGUGAACAAAACAAUUAUGUUACUGAGAUUAUAUCUGUAAUAUCUAGACACAUACGUAACACACGCUGCCAGAAAGUUCAAAUAAAGAAGUGCAAUAAAGAAAGCAAUAAUGACGUAAUUUUUUUUUUUUUUUGAAUUCAAGUUUAUUUUGCGAAAUUGACAUAUCUUUUCGUUGCACCAUUUUAUGACGAUGUACAAAAAAAAUUGUUGGCACAAUGUAAAACACUCAAAAGUGUCAUUUGUACCAAUGGUCGAUCGACGUAUUCGAUAUGUUGAGCAUUGAUAUUAAUAUUAUAACAGUAUAUAUUAGUAUACACAUCUCAUUAGUGUAUAACUCAAUCAUUUUAGCCGCAUUUGUUGAAUAGAUGCAUUUAGCAAGCGUAUAUUUGUUUUAUACGCAAAUUUCUAUAUAAUAAAAAGUUUAUAUAUAUAUGUGUGUGUGUGUGUGUGUAUUAUAGUUCUAAUUUAUACGUUACUUUUUUUAUGAUUGUUCUUUUACGUAAGUUUUAUGUGUGUACGCGCAUAGAGAAACGUUUGAUUUUAUAAACACUUAUGUACACUUUAAAAUUAUAUGAAUAUGUAUAACACACACAUUUGAAGUGUGAUAUAAUUUUACACAAUUAUU